GUCAUUCUGCCUAAGAAUUACUGUCAAAUAAUGCACAACACAACAACCAUAUUUCUUAAGAUAUCUUUACCCUCGAUCGAGGGCGUAUCUAUAUUGAUUCCUCACACAUAAAUCCCAUUUCUUUGGAUAUGCGAUGGCAGCCCAACGUCAAGGAGAAGAUCCAUUGAAUAUCGAAAUUAGUAACACCAAUGCUGAUCUCCCACCCGUCUCGGCACUGUUCAUGAUAUAUUUCGAUAUCAAGGCUGGCUAUACAAUUGGAUGGAAACGUUCAUUACCAGGCAUCGAACUAGAUGGAGUGGUCGAAUAUAGGAGUCUGCCAUCGGGCUUACACACGGUGGAAGAGGAUCUUAUAUAUUUCACCCAUGAUAAUUAUGCAGGACUCAGCGCAUUCGUCAACGCGCCUGCGGAUAAGAGUUCGAGGAAUGCGAGGAUGAUUGCUGUAGGUAUUAUGGUACCUUUGAGUUAUGGAAGAUUGGGUAGGAGUUGGAAGCAUGCUGAGAGCUUAAAAGAUCUCGCAAGUGAGCUUAUACUCGACGAAAGCAAGACGGAGCGACUUGAGGGAUUUUGGGAGAGUCACAAAGGCAAUGAUCUAGGCAAAAGUAGGGAGACCGACUCACUACUUGAUUCUCCGUCGAGUGCUAGAUACAAAGCUCGGAACACACCACCGAAAGCAAGAGGUCACAACAGAGAUCGUUCAGCGUCCGAUGGCACAGCUUUAAUACCCCCUGGACACACAUUGUCGGUAUAUCACCCUGCUUGGAGCUUACCAAGACUAUUGGACACAUUUGGCCCUAUGAUAUUCCCAAUAUAUAGAGCUGCACUUUUACGGAGGAGGAUUUUGAUUAGUGCGCAUGCGCCUGUACAUGAGACAUGCGAUUUUGUGUAUGACAUAUCUAUUCUCUCAAACAUCCCACUUGCAGUUAGCGAUCUACUAGAGCCAACUGCCCCGCCACAGAGACUUCGACCCCUCUUCUCAAUCGGUGUCCACGAUAUACCUCUCCUCGAAGAUGACCUAAAAGCAUCAAAACGAAGAGCCGCCUCCGAAGAUACCGUUCAAACCGAAGGGCGCGAUGAACCUGGAUGUGGUUGGAUAGCCUGCACAACCGACAGUAUUCUUGCUACUAAAACCCAUCUCUACGAUGUCCUAAUAACCAUGCCAUUACCUCACGCCUCCACCUCCGCCGCAAAAGUUUGGCCCAAAAUCGAAUUAUCGCCGGGCGGCAUCGAACUAAAAGCCACUCAACGUGAUCUACGUCGCUACAAAGCCCUUCGAUGGGGUCUAUCUCGAACCCCUCAGCCCGCCUCCCCAGAUAUAAGCGCCUCGCGCCGCGCAUCCACCACCUCCUACCUCGAGCAAUUUCCCUCCCCCACCACCCUUGACACCUCUACUACUACUCUUCCUCCCCGAGACGAUCCAAAUCUCGAUAUCUCCGACACAGACUCUAUCAUCGAGCCCAUAUCCUGGGCUGCGCUCGCAUAUUCCGGAUUCAUAUGGUGGGCUUCAGCGGGCGAACAACGCCUGCAUUCCCAAGAAGAAUGGGAAGCUGAUUCAGCACUUCUGUCCUCUCCUCAUACACCAAAUCCGUUCCCUACCCCGUUAGGUUUCAAUGCUAGUGGGAUGAUGACGGCGGAAACAGAGAUGGGAAUUAUUGCCUAUUUCCAUCGUUUGACUACGCAGAUCCUUACGUGCUUGAGUGAUAUCAUUGAUGCGAGUGACUCGGAUGAUGAAAGAGAAGAUGACCAAAUACACUCACAUAGUUCUUCUUCUCCAUUAAUCAACAGAGGAAGUCGUAACAAUUCUGGUGGUGGCGGUGGAGGAGCUCACGCAAUAGACGAUUCCUCUUUAGAAGAAGAAGGGGAUGGAAUGAGCUGUGUAUACAUUAGCAGUGAAGAUAUGGAACGCAUGGGUCUCGAUGUAUGGAGCGCAGGCGAUUAUAUGUUUGUAGAGGGAAUCGUAAGAGAAUAUUUUGGGAGGAAGGCAAAGAUUGAAGGAAGGGGAGUGGAUAUUUGUGGUGUGAGGAUUUGUUAGGGAAAUUGUGAGCUGGGACUGGGACUGGGACGGCGAGAGAUGGAUUGGUAGAGUUGUGAUGGUUGUAUCUCAUUGAAAUCUCUUUCUUUUCGUCUUUAUAUGGGAGGAAGAAAAGGAGCGCCAAGAUGGGAGUUCUGGAUCGGCGCGCAGGAGUUUGGAGUUUUGAAUCCCUAUUUGAAUGUGGAUCUGGUCCUAAUGUCAGAAAGCAAUGAAAAGAUUGAAUUGGGCGCCGAAUUAUUUAUGUAGUCAAAUGUCAAAUGUGUCACUUUCACCAGAUGCUUUACA